CAAAACACUGGCAACGCUGCCGAAGAAGUUUAUAUUCGUGCGCGUAAAAGGCAGCUUGUUGCAAGGUUUUCCCAAACAAAAUGCUGAACUACAUUAAGGAAGCAAUCAUGGCGCCGUCCACACGCAGCAGUUGUAGCAAAGUGAACCAAACUCUGGACAAGGAUCCAGAUAAACAUAAAAAUCUAAAAGCUCCAGCCAAAAUGCUGGGCUAUAAAAUAACAGACAAUGAGCGCACACGGAAAUUCGGUAUUGGCGCCAAUUCAUUAGAAAUGCUGCUACAGAAGGCACAGCUCAAAUUUCCGCUGCAGGAGCUGCACAUUUAUCUGGCCAUUGAUGGCUUUGAAGUCUCCGACGAGGAGUAUUUCAACAGUUUGCCUGCUCAAACGCUCUUCAUUGUGGCUGGACCCGAUGCAGUCAUCACAACGGAUGCCGACUUUGAGUUUGAGAAAAUGCGCCAACAGUCGCCGCUGCUGAAGGUUGCAGACAUUUUCUACGACUUCAUCGAACAGCAUCCGGACAAGUUUCGACGUAUGAUUACGGAGUAUGAGCAGCAGAAGCAGCGACGAGCCUUGGACAACACGAAAGCGCAUCUCAGCUUAAAGGCCGAGCACGUUGAGUGGUUCGAGGGCAGCGAAGAACGAUUUCAGUCCAAGGAGGAGGCCAUGGCCGUCAGGGCGCAGACACGUGUGCGUGGGUACUACUACAAGACCAAAGAAGAGCUGACGCGUAAUCCGCUAUACAGACAGAAUGCCAAGGCCAGGCAAAUCAUAAACUCUGUGCUGGAGCAAUUUCGCUAUCUUCUUAUUGGCUGCGAUUACUUUUCGAUGAUGUUCAAUCGAAAGUGUGAGCUGAAGCAUGAGAUUUUGCGACAGCAUGGGGAAGCGGAGGAACCCGACGCGGCGAGCGUGCCCAAUAAGCGGCUGCGACAAGUCAUUAAAGAUUAUACGACGCGAAAUGCCAUCCUCGACGAAUGGUCCGUUUCGCUGUGCACGGACUUAGGCGACUUCUAUUGCCAGGGCUCUUACUCGGACAAUGGCAAUUACUGCUCGCUGAAGCACACCAUCAAUCCAUAUGCUUCACGGGAAAAUCUCAUAUUGUUUCAAGUGUGGAAUCUUGACCAUCAAAUCGAACUGUGUCGCACCAUUUUGCCGACGUUGGUGGCCAAUGUUCAAGAACUGGUAACACAGCCGCAGCGUAAAUGCGCGUUGCACAACAAACGCGUUGUGGACGUCUCUGUGCUGGAGUACUUCUUGGAGAUAUUCUCGCUCAAGAAUCUCAAACUGGUCCACAUCGUGUGCCAUGAGAAGGUGCAACGCACUAAUCAGUCCAAUGGGCGCCUCCUCUGCGCCGAUUGCCACGAAUAUCGCAUUGUGCAGGAGCUCAUGCAGGUGCAAGCAUCGGAGAUAACUUCCUAGAGUGGUUUACGGCGUAAUCUACUAAAGCAAUAUAAUAUGCAAUAACUGUAAACAUUCUUUUAUGCAAUAUUACGAACUGCUUUAACAAGCUUUGGGCUUAAAAUGUGUGCCAAACUUCGGUGUGUAUAUAUCAUAAUAUGAUUUACACAAUUCUCAAAUGAGUUAGCUCAAUGUCAAAUUGUACAAAUCUCAAGUAUCUCAAAGUUAACUAUCAAAGUUUAGUGUUAAAAUAAUUGACAUAUUUAUGCAUUUAUUACAAGGAAAACGUUGAUCUGCAUGCCCUAUAUACAAUAUACAUACAUGUUAUAUACAUAUAUAUAUAUAUAUACGAGUUAGCUUUAAAUGUUGUUAAUUGUAGUAGGUGAGUUUUGAGCAGGCAUAUUGCCCGUUGCUUUGUUCAACAUGUCCAUUUUAAGAUACUGUAAACUCGACAUAUGUAUGUAUGUCAAACAGCAAUUAUAUUUGCAUAAUGAAUAUAAUUGAUCCUAUCUUAACAACGUAUAGAUUAUUGAAUUUACUGAGUGUGUGCUUUUAUUUAAGUGCAAUAUGAAUACUACUUCAAUAUACAUAUAAAUAUACAAUAAAACACACACAAAUAUAUAUACUACGAGAAUCUAUCCUAGAACGAAUUCAUGCUCAUGUACCUAAAUACAUUUGUAACUACAUACAAGUACAACAGUUUUGCUACACUCGGCUUCUCUGUACCUAUGAAGAUAAAUUAAAUUAAAAA